GCCCUGUUUGGGGGCACUCUGGUCGUCAUGGAGGACGGUAUCUAUGUGCCUCCAGAUCUGACACCAGAGGAGAGGCUAGAGUUGGAGAACAUCCGGCGACGGAAGCAGGAGCUCCUGGUGGAAAUCCAACGCUUGAGAGAUGAACUCAGCGAAGCCAUGAAUGAGGUGGAGGGGCUGGAGGCCAAUGAGGGAAGUAAAACUCUACAGAGAAAUCGGAAGAUGGGGAUGGGCCGUAAGAAAUUCAACAUGGAUCCCAAAAAAGGAAUACAAUUCCUGGUGGAAAAUGAACUUCUGCGCUCUACACCUGAGGAUAUUGCUCGCUUCCUCUACAAAGGGGAAGGCCUCAACAAGACAGCCAUUGGGGACUACCUUGGCGAGAGGGAGGAGUUUAAUAUUGGUGUCCUCCAUGCCUUUGUUGAUUUGCAUGAAUUUACUGACCUCAACCUAGUGCAAGCGCUCAGGCAGUUCCUGUGGAGUUUUCGGUUACCAGGAGAAGCCCAGAAAAUUGAUCGUAUGAUGGAAGCCUUUGCUCAGCGGUACUGUCUUUGCAACCCAGGGGUCUUUCAGUCUACAGAUACGUGUUAUGUCCUCUCCUUCGCGGUCAUCAUGCUAAACACCAGCCUUCACAACCCCAACGUGCGAGACAAGCCCACCGUCGAGAGGUUCAUCACCAUGAACCGCGGCAUCAAUGACGGGGGCGACUUGCCAGAGGAGUUGCUGCGGAAUCUGUACGACAGCAUCCGUAAUGAGCCCUUCAAGAUCCCAGAGGAUGAUGGGAACGACUUGACCCACACAUUUUUUAACCCCGAUCGCGAGGGCUGGCUCCUCAAGCUGGGAGGAGGACGGGUGAAGACAUGGAAGCGACGCUGGUUCAUCUUGACUGACAACUGCCUCUAUUACUUUGAAUACACCACAGAUAAAGAGCCAAGAGGCAUCAUCCCAUUGGAAAACCUAAGCAUUCGGGAAGUAGAAGACCCACGGAAACCAAAUUGUUUUGAACUCUACAUUCCCAAUAACAAGGGCCAGCUAAUCAAAGCCUGUAAGACUGAGGCGGAUGGACGUGUGGUUGAGGGGAAUCAUAUGGUCUACCGCAUCUCGGCGCCUACACAGGAAGAAAAAGACGAGUGGAUUAAAUCCAUCAAGGCUGCUGUAAGCGUGGAUCCUUUUUACGAGAUGUUGGCUGCCCGCAAGAAACGGAUCUCAGUGAAACAGAAACAGGAGCAGGCAUGAGGUGGGGAUUAACUAGUUCUCAUCCUUUCCCCUCUCUGUACAUCCUCCUGUAUCAUCUCUCGGAUCUUCUGACAAGCCCACCUGGGUCGAA